CGCGUCACGCCAAAGUGAACCAACGGGCGGAAGCUAACGGGAUGUGUUGAAUGUCAGAAGAAAUUUUAAUUAAAUAAUACUCCGGUGACCACAUCGUCUGCUGGACCUGAUUUACGAUCCGGCACGGGAGGGGGUGGGUGGAUGAAUGGUAUAGUACAAAUAUUUUCAUUUCCGAGUGAGUGUCCCGCGGGGGUCGCGAGGGAAAGUGUGGUGAAACGUUGUCAUGCGACUGUGAGCAUUGGCCGUCUUCGCAAGGAUUAGCACAGCUUUGAGGAGCCGAAGGAUGAUGGAUACAUUUCACGCAAGGCGCACCAGCUGCAAAAUGCAAGUGACAGCCGGAAGUUUUCGAGAGUGAUAAGCGGUGACAGUCCACCCGAGCAGAGUUCAAGGGACGCGGAUAAUACGAUUUAGUAACGAAUAAAAAUAAAUGGAAAGUAUAAAAGUGAAUUUAUGUGAAAAGUGAACGGCGACAGGAAGCGAGAAAAAAAAAUUAGAAUUGAAAAAUCUGCUUGACGUGCGCGUGUGACAUAGAAUCGCUCUGGGGCAUGUUCGACGUUUGAUCACGUUCUCGUGGCGGUGCCGAAAAGGGAAUCCCGAUGUGAUGGGUUAGUGGCAGUUAUUUCGCUCGGAAGUUAUGAAACGUUCAACCGAUUGCUGGAGGCAAUGAAUGAUUGGAUUAACGCCAGGCCAGCGGAAAUAGAAAAGCAUUUUCGGGCGGUUAUGUGUGAAAUAGCGGGAGUACAUUCAAUCCCAUUAGCAGCAACGGCGGUAGUCAGUUGAAAGUGCGGUGCGAGUGAAUCGAAAAAGAAGCCACAUUAUAAAUAAAGGAUUAAAUCCGACUGAGUUUCGAGUGCCAGCCGAAGGGACUGCCGCAGAAAUUUCCCGGUAGCGGAGGUGUUCGAUAGAGCGUUAAGGAUUUAUUGCCGCAGUGUUGCCGCAGAAGGAUUCUCGAAUACAAAGCCAGCAAUGGAUGGUAGCAAACAUGGAUUCAGCAUGAGAGUGGUGCUAUUUUUUGCCAUGUACUUCAAUCUAGGUAUAACAAACACACUGCACUCGGUUGACGAGCACGGUCAGUAUCAUUCGUCCUCAUCGGCCGAGCAGCACCUGCUGGAGCCCCCAGACCAGGUCGACGUUGCCGAGAACGAGAUUUACGACUCGGAUGAAAGCAAUCUGCUCCGGACACCGCUGGACCGGGGGCCGUACUUUGAUUUAUCAGCCUCGAAGAACAUCACGGCCCUGGUCGGAAAAACGGCCUAUCUGAACUGUCGGGUGAAGAACCUGGGCAACAAAACGGUUUCCUGGGUUCGACAUCGAGACAUUCAUCUUCUAACCGUAGGUAGAUUUACAUACACAUCGGACCAAAGGUUCCAGAGUGUGCACAAUGCACAGACGGACGACUGGUCGUUACAGAUCAGAUAUCCUCAGAAGCGGGACACUGGAGUGUACGAGUGCCAGAUAUCGACCACACCCCCCGUUGGACACUCGAUGCACCUCAUAGUGGUAGAGCCCGUCACCAUCGUAGUGGGUGGUCCGGACAUUUACAUCAACACCGGAUCGACGGUGAAUCUGACGUGUGUGGUGCGAAACUCCCCGGAGCCACCGUCCACAAUCAUCUGGACCCACAACAAUCAGGAAAUUAAUUACGACUCAGCCCGCGGCGGUGUGUCAGUGAUAACGGAGAAGGGCGAAACAACCACCUCGUACCUGUUGAUCCAGCGUGCCAAGGGACCGGACUCGGGCAAGUACGUGUGCUCCCCAUCCAACGCCAAUUCGUACUUCAUCAAUGUGCACGUAUUGAAUGGUGAACAUCCGGAGCCGAUGCAACACGGCGGCCAGCUGAGGAUAGGUGACCCACUGCACGUGUUCGUCUUUGUAAUCAUCACGCUGCUGCUGGGUGGCCGAUGAAGGAGGUGAUCGUCGCUACAGUCAGCCGAGAGCAGCACCAGCAGCAUCCAACCGGAAAGGAAAAUCGAUUUCGAGUGCGACAAAACCGGAACAAUACAAGUGGCACAUCGGCACAUAUAAUGGGACCCCCCUUCCGUUAUGCUUCAAUGAGAUCCUGGAGUAACAUCGAUUAAAUCUAGAGUCGACGGGACGACGUGACGUUUAGAGUGCAGCUGCCAGGGAACAAGUGGGGGACGGUGGGAAUUAAAGAUACUGAAUGUGCGAUGUUUGCUU